UGAAGCUGUUGAAGCUGCAGCUUGCUCAGAGUGCUGUGGAAAUAACUUGGUCCUUCUGCAAACCGUCACCAUGGUCGACGCCUUCUGUGCCACCUGGAAACUGGUCGACAGCGAGAACUUUGAUGAGUACAUGAAGUCACUCGGGGUGGGCUUUGCCACCAGGCAGGUUGGAAAUGUGACCAAACCAACUGUGAUCAUCAGUCAGGAGGACGACAAGGUGGUGAUCCGCACCCAGAGCACCUUCAAAAACACAGAGAUCUCCUUCAAACUGGGAGAGGAGUUUGAUGAGACCACUGCCGAUGACAGAAACUGCAAAUCCACAGUGACUCUGGACGGGGACAAGUUGGUCCACGUUCAGAAGUGGGACGGCAAAGAGACCAAGUUUGUCCGAGAAAUCAAGGAUGGCAAAAUGAUCAUGAAUUUGACCUUUGAAGACGUCCAUGCGGUGCGCACCUAUGAAAAGGCUUGAGUGCUCAGACCGACAGCAUCCUGAACCGGCCGAUACGUGUUGAUUUUAUAAUUAUUGGGGACCGUUUGCUUCUCUUUGCACUUCAUCCUACUCUGCAUGUAAAAGGCCUGCAAGCUGCACGUGAUUUUUAAAAUGUUUUUUUAUAUGGAUACAUUUCUGUCAGGAUGGAUGGAUCUAUCUUACAAACC